AUGCGAGAACCCGCCCACGCCAACAGCACGGCCCAACCAGAAGGCGUUUCCCACCGCCGUCCGGAAGCAGUGAUGGAACAAUUUGAGUCUGAUUUUUAUCAAUCUAACUAUACCAUUGAUAAUCAGGAUCAGAGUUGCCAUGAUUCUCAUGCCUACCAUUUUGUUUAUGGAUCUGAAAAACAACUAUCAGAUGAGCAGCCUCAGCCCACCUCUUUUGUUCCACCAGAGAUGCUCACACCAUCAAGUUAUGUAGGACAGUAUUUCCAACCAGCAUCCAACCCGGAUUAUCAUUCACAAUCUCCUUACGUUGACAGUUUUGAUGAAGAGCCUCCUUUGCUAGAAGAUAAGUUAAGGAAGUAACUUGGAAUCAAUUUUGAUCACAUUUGGCAAAAAACUUUGACAGUGUUAAACCCACUGAAGCCAGCAGAUGGCAGCAUAAUGAAUGAAACGGAUCUCACUGGACCUAUCCUCUUUUGCCUUGCCUUGGGAGCCACCCUGCUUAUGGCAGGAAAAGUUCAGUUUGGCUAUGUGUAUGGCAUGAGUGCCAUUGGCUGCAUUGGGAUUCACGGCUUACUGAACUUGAUGAGCUCUUCAGGGGUGUCCUACGGCUGUGUGGCAAGUGUGCUUGGUUACUGCCUGCUCCCCAUGGUCAUUCUGUCCAGCAGUGCCAUCUUCUUCUCAUUGCAGGGAACUGUGGGAACGGUGUCUGCACUGGUCAUCAUUGGCUGGUGUAGCCUUUCUGCUUCGAAAAUCUUCACUUCAGCCUUAGCCAUGGAAGGACAACAGCUUCUUAUUGCCUACCCUUGUGCCUUACUUUAUGGACUUUUUGCUCUCCUUACUAUUUUCUGA